AUGAGCGCCGCCGAGAGCAGUACAGAUACUACUAAAGAAGAUGUUCCAACAGAAAAUGCUCCAUACGAGCCCACCAUCGUUGAUGUCCUGGUGGUCAAAGCAAUGCUGAACAAGGCCCUGAGCCCACCGCAGGAGAUUAUCGACAGAAUCGUUGACUUGGCCGAGUACUGGCCGCAUACUACAUCGGAAUGGACCUCACAACAAGGAGAAGAUCCCCCGCCGACAACUCUAGCGUGGGGUAGAGGACAAGAGAAUGUUUUCGUGCUCCGUGCUCCACCUCUUGGUCUCCCUACCUGGAGACGCUCUCCCUCCAUACCCGGCGGUCAACCCGAGAGAAAGACGCCAAAACUGCAACCAGCCGGCGAAGAGUUCCCGUCUGAGGUCUUCCAGCGUCUCACCAAGAUGCCGAUGCCAAUGCUCGUCCACCCUUGCCGCCGGAUCGUCUUCACCAUCCGGAGCAGGGAUCAAGGGUGGGGAGGCGAACCAGACACACAGGGCACGUACAACUCCUCGUGGACCUGGUUCGAGGCCGGACUGGAGCGAUGGUGCAAAACAAGUACAUCAGAAACCGACACGUCCACCGGGCAGCAGUCGGAGCAACCCUCGUUGAUGGUGGACGAUCUGUCCACCGUGUUACCACCAGUCAGGUGGGACGAGACCAGACGGCAGCACGUCUUCGAUCACCCGCUUCUUCCACGAGAAGACCUGAAGAUCCAGUGCAACGAGGUCGCGACGAACGAAAUCCAAGAGCAUCGCGUCGUGUGGUCCUACAACGACGAUAUUGACCCGGAUCGCGACACCGUGGCGGCGGCCCGGCUCGAGGAAAGUGGGCGUGGCACUGCUACGGGGACUGGCAAGUUUGUGCGUGACCUAAAACUUGGUGACGUGGUUACUGUAUGGUCCAAAGCGCGUUUUGCGGGAUGGCAGAACCAUGUCUCAUCGGUCAAGGUAAAGGUUUAUUACGCUGUCUAG